AUGUCGUACGAACGCCCAUUUUCCUCCAAUCUCGGCCGUGCCGCCACUCCAGCACCCUCCUCUAGACGUGUCAGCCGCUCCUCCACACCUGCGAAGAGGAUAUCGAGCUCAGACCUCUUCACCUAUGCCGACGCACUCGCAUCUCAGCCGGAGGUCACAUUCACCUCUGAACAAGCGUUCUCGAUCCUGCGCGAGCUCUGGGUAAACGGCUCGCUCGACAGCAUCCCUACUGUUGAAGGCAGCUCCUCGGGAACCCUCGACAGUCUUCUGCCUCCGCCUGCCUGGGCAGCCGCGAACUUCCCGGACACUCCCAAGGUCGCGUUCUACAUGUGGCAUGGUGUCUUCCCAGAGACGAACGGAACUCUUGCCUCGGGGCAGAAAUCGUACCUCAGUUUCGUCCAGCUCGAGCGCCGCUACCUCAACGGCGACGGCUCGUGGCUCCCUGCUUCGGAGGCCUCCAUGCUCGGGUGGCUCGCCGAACUCGGUUUCCACGGACUGACGAUGAAGACCAUCAAGGGAUACAUCCUCGACCUGUAUGACGUCCACGCUGCGCGCGGUCUCCCCUUCCCCUCAUGCACCUCCCCGUCCGCGCGCCAGCUCAUACGUGGGAUGAAGGUCUGCCACGCCCGCAGCGCGCGCCCCAACACCAUCCGCCCCAAGCACCCCAUCACGCUCACCACCCUCCAGCGGAUCUGCACUCGCGCUCGCGCGCGCCCCGACUCGCUCCACAGCACCGUGACCACGGCCGCCGCCACGCUCGGCUUCGCUGCGUUCCUCCGCCUGAGCGAGCUCGCCGUGCCCGACGGCACGGCCUUCGACCCCGCGCGGCACCUCACGCGCGGCGCCGUCGCCUUCCUCCCCUCCCGCGCGGACCCGACGCACGUGGCGCUCACCAUCCCCGCGUCGCUGGACGACCCGUUCCGCCAAGAGGAGCCGACGCGCGUGCUCGUCGCGGCCGCGCCCGGGCACCCGACGUGCCCCGUCGCGGCGCUGCGCCGUCUGUUCAAGCUGACGCCGACUCAGCUCGACGGGCCGCUGUUUCCCGGGCGCGAGAUCGGGACGGCGCUGUCCCGCUCGGAGCUGACCGCGGCGCUCGCGCAGGGGCUGGACGCGGAGGAGAACGUGCGGGCGUGGGGGAGCGAGGGGAGCCUGCGCAAGGGGGCGAGGUUGCAGGCGAUGGACGCGGAGUGGUCCGCGCGGGAGGUGGUGGCGCUGCAGUGGCGCGGGGAGGACUUGCGGAUGUUGUAUGAGCAGGCGGGGGAGGAGCGUGCGCUGGAGAUGUCUGCGGCGCUGCACGUCGCGGGGCGCGAGGGGCGCGAUAGUGGUAAUUGA